GAGGUGCGUCUCAGUAAUCAUGCAUACAAUACGCCAUUGGUACCAAAUGUGUUACACGGCAGUUCAGAAAAAGAUCAGCCAAAUGGAACAGUGCCAGGGUAGAGGGGAAAAGUUCAUGACCAUAAAAGUUGAAAAGAGGAAGUAAAUAGUAGGUUAUAAACAGAACCUCGCGGCUGUGGGUUUUAAGAUGACAUAGUUCAUGAUUAAAGAAAAGAUGAAAAAAAAAAGGGGGGAAAUAUUCACAGUGAGAUUCCAUGUCAUCUAAAUAAAUCCCAUGGACUAGCCAGGGCUGCGCGAUACAUCAAAUGAUGAUAAAGAUCUGCUAUUUGCCAUGCAGGAUGUUUGCAUAGUGACCAGGCGAUUGCCAUUAUUUUCUUUUCUCACAACUUAGGGCUCAACAUGGCAAAUUCCCACUUGGCAGAUAAAUGCCGCCUGUUUACAGCCACUGACAUAACAGAGACGGCUCAGCUGAUUUGGUUUAGUUGUUAGCAACUGUGCUAAUCUCAGUGACUCGAGCUGCUCCUGUCUCAGUGGAAAAAUACAGAGGGGAAGUGGUGUAUACCUUGAACCUUUGUCAGAGCCAAACACUUUUUCAAGUGCGGCCGCAUGGUGUGGAGCGCAGCGUCUGGCAACGAGAGAGCCUGCGGUGCAUCCAUCUGAGAGGAAUACUGAUCACUUUGUUGUUGCUGUAAGCAACUCCCGGGGGAGAGGGGCUUUGUGAUGGAGGGCGAAUUCCUGAAAGGAAGCAGCCGUGAAGCGGCCGGUCAGGGCAACGGUCUUGCAAAGAAGCCUCAGCUGCUGGACCGCGGAAAGUGGGCAAACAAGUUGGAGUUCCUGCUGGCGGUGGCAGGGACCCUGGUGGGCUUGGGGAAUCUCUGGAGGUUUCCCUAUUUGUGCUACAAAAAUGGGGGAGGGGCUUUUUUGGUUCCAUACGUUCUGUUUCUUCUGGCCUGUGGUAUCCCAAUGUUCCUCCUGGAGACAGCCAUGGGCCAGUACACAUCUCAAGGAUGCAUUACAUGCUGGAGGCACUUCUGCCCUUUGUUUGAAGGGAUCGGUUAUGCAACCCAGGUAGUGAUUGCCUACGCUGCCGUGUCGUACAUUGUCAUCCAGGCCUGGGCUUUCUUCUAUCUCUUCUCGUCCUUCAGUGCUGAGGUUCCGUGGGCCAGCUGCAGAAAUCUCUGGAACACAGAUAAUUGUGUUGAAUUUGACAAAAAGAAUGCGUCAUCCAAUUGGACAGCAGCUGCGAAUGCGACAACUCCUGCAACAGAAUUCUGGGAGAGACGAGUUCUAGGUAUAUCCAAUGGGAUAGAAGAGAUUGGCAGCCUGAGGUGGGAGCUAGCCUUGUGUCUCUUGUUGGCUUGGAUUCUGUGCUACUUCUGUGUUUGGAAAGGAGUGAGAUCCACUGGAAAGGUAGUUUACUUUACAGCCACUUUCCCUUAUGUAAUGUUGGUUGUUCUGUUGGCUCGUGGACUCACUUUACCCGGCGCCAUGGACGGCAUCAUUUUCUACCUCUAUCCUGACCCAACAAGGUUGGUGGACCCUCAAGUUUGGAUGGAUGCGGGAGCACAAGUCCUCUUCUCUUUUGGGAUUUGUCAGGGAAGUUUGACAGCUCUUGGCAGUUACAACGAGUUUAAUAAUAACUGUUAUAAGGACACAUUUGUUCUAUGUUUGGUGAAUGGUGGCUCAAGCUUUGUGGCGGGCUUUGCCAUCUUUUCAGUUUUGGGAUUCAUGUCCUACGAACAAGGAUUGCCGAUAUCCGAAGUGGCCGCUUCUGGACCUGGCCUGGCUUUUAUAGCAUAUCCAAGGGCCGUGGCAAUGAUGCCUUUACCUCAGUUGUGGGCCAUCUGCUUCUUUAUCAUGGUCAUCCUGCUGGGAGCUGAUACACAGUUUGUGAGCUUGGAGUGCCUGAUGACCUCCGUGACAGAUAUGUUUCCGACUGUUUUCCGGAGGGCUUAUCGCCGAGAGCUGCUGCUGCUAUGUCUCUGCUCCGUUUGCUUCUUCCUUGGUCUACUUCUCGUCAGUGAGGGGGGCCUAUAUUUCCUUCAGCUUUUUGACCAUUAUGUCUGUAGUGGCAACAACCUUCUCCUCCUUUCAGUGUGUCAGUCCAUCGCAAUUGGAUGGAUAUAUGGUGCAGAUCGUCUCUAUGACAACAUUGAAGAAAUGAUAGGCUAUCGUCCGUGGCCACUCAUGAAGAUUUGCUGGCUUUAUGUUACCCCUGCUGUUUGUCUGGGUACCUUCGUCUUCUCCUUGGUGAGGUACAAGCCUCUAAAAUUCAACAAAACCUAUGUCUAUCCAACGUGGGCCUACGCUCUGGGCUGGUGCCUGGGACUGUUCUGUGUUCUGCUGGUGCCUCUGUGGAUCCUGUUUAAAGUGACUCAGAUGAAAGGCACAGUGUGGCAGAAUCUCAAACAGCUUUGUCGCCCAGAAAACAAGCCCCACAACUCGCCGAAGCAACCUGAGCAAUAUCCACUGAACCCCAGCAAAUCUCUUACUCCUGUGGCCAAUGAGUUCAAGGGAAGCGGUGGAGUUGAAAUGGAGGUGCAAGUAUGAGACCAUGAACAUUUUCACCAUAGUUUUGCAAGCUGCACGGUUUCAAUUUCUUGUGCCACUAGAUGAGGCGUCUCUUGAUUACGGCUCUGUUUAUUACUUAGUGGUUAUUGCGUUUAGAUACAUUUAGCUAAAGUGCACCAAAAUUCAUUUCCAGGCGAGAACAUUUUCCUUUGUUAGUUGUGAGCAUAGGGGUUCUGCAGUGAUGUUCUCAUAAUUAAAUUAUGAGAAAUCGAAGCACUAUCUAUAGCUGUACACACACAUACUGUGUAUAUAUAUAUAUAUAUAUAUAUAUAUAUAUAUAUAUAUAUAUAUAUAUAUAUAUAAAAUCAGUGGUUCUUAACCUUGUGAGAGGUACCGAAUCCAACUAGUUCAUAUGCACAUUCACCGAACCCUUCAUUAGUGUUACAAAUUUAAGACAAAAAAAAUGCAUCUAUUAAAAAGAGAAAAAAAUGUGAACACAAUUAGUAUCAGUAUAAAGUAUACGUUUUUUAAUUGGGCACAAAAUGAACGAGCCAGUGAUGGCCAAGCGGGCGCUUCAUAACUAAUUGACAUGUUGAGUCGGGUGUUUGUCUUAACCUCCAAGGCAGAGACUCCGUCGAACCUCUGAGACCUAGGUUAAGAAUCACUGAGAUUGUGAAAAAAAUAUGACAUUUACAAAAUUGUGACAUAUGAGGUUUUGGCCUGAUGCCACCGAUAUUCUGGCUCCUUCAAAUAACAUCCGACAUAUGUUUUGACGAAUUUCACUUGACAAUGAACAAAAUUCUUGUGAGAAGAGAUUCAACUCCCCUAUGGCUGUUUUGUUUAUCCAGCUCAUCAUCACUGCCAAUUUGUUCUGUAAGAGUGCAACAAUUUGCACAGUUUGCACCGGCUGGUUUGAAUUUUAAUACCUUAAUACGCAUGAAUUCAUACAUAUGAAUUCCGGUUUUUGGUACCAAAAAGGUUUGCGGAAUGGACUGUAUGCACGUCCCGCUUACACGUUUGCCACCUCACCGUCGCUCGGCUAACGAAUAGCAAUAACAAUGACAGCAUCCAACUCACUGUCUGCUAGAAUCAUGUCAAGUUACCGUAAAUGACGUCUUACCUUUCCAUAGCAUCCAUAUCCAUUUCCAGUUUCGCAGUACAUGCAGGUCCAUGUGUACGGAGACUUGCACGGCUUCAUCUUCGCGACUCUCAACUCUCCACUCAACUUUGUUUGCAGACCACAAAAACAACCCCCUUUUGUAUCAAAGUGCUGGUCAAAAACAGUGCACACAAAUACAAUUGACAGGCUUUACUGUCACUGUAAGGAGCAGAUGCGGCAAAAUUGAGGCUCUCAAUAUAGAAUUGACAACGAAAAAUAACGUAACUGUGACAAGUAGGCCGGGAUGAAGUUCCUCGUGGCUUGAGAGCUUCUCGAUCCCCAUGACGGGCGCGGCUGAUUGAAACGUCUCGCUCAUCGGGAUCCAAUCAGCUGGAGGCUUCAACCAUCGUUUUCUUACGCUUUCCAUCUCCUUUGUAAUAUGGGUCACCAUUUUUUAUGACGUUUCCACCUUUAAAAGCAAAGACACUGAACUAUUGACUAUACCUAAUAUAACGUCCCAGUAGCCUGACAUGUGGAGACCGCAAAUAUUUUUCUUUGGGAAAUGCUCAAUGUAUUCCUGUGCAUACAGUCCAUUGUCGAAACCAGAUGUUAGUAUUGCUUGUUGCAUUAGAAUCACUCAUAUGUACUGUACAUCUUUUGAUUCCAACUCGUUAAUUCUCCACAUCUCUGCCUUUUAAAUGAUGUUUACUGACUGAAUUUAGUGUUAAUCUCGCUUUGCUACCCUCAACGAUACAACUCAUCUAAUGUUACUGAAUUCUUAAAACAUGCUUUUAUUUUUGUGAUUUUUAACAUUUUCAUUUUGUCUUUUGUCUGUACACUCUUUGUCGAUGUAUGGUCGCGGCCAAUUUGUGUUAGAAACAGCUCUGUCCAGUGACAUACUCAUUUAAAUAUCCAUACAAUACAUUUUAUGUAUCAUUUGCUUACAUCUGCUAAGUCUGAGAAUACUAAAACCAUUAAAAUAAUCCUGUGCACACUAUAGAAAA